UCUAGAUCGAGAUAACAAUGGUAUCCCGCAGUCGUUGUGUGUAACCGCUGCGUGCCGGUCGACUCAGUCCAAGUUUGUGAAUGUUUAGUGCAGUUCAGGGCAACCGAGGUUGCAUGGAAAUUACUCCGUGAAGCAAACUUCGACAAAAAUAAGAAUGCCUCGCCUAGAGAAUCCACCACCGGAAGACUUCCGCCGCAUCCUGCGCGAAAAAGCACUGAACCAUAGUCUAUUUUACAUGAAACUUGGGGCAGGAAUCGGCCCCGAACAUGUGCGAGAGUCCUCACAGCCGCAGAAUCACUCCGCGCGCCGACAAAGCGACACUGCUGCGCGCGCGCGCAAUCGGCAAACUCAACCGCGUGUAUCAGAACUUUUAAAACAUUUCGAACCUGGACCGAUGCAGUAUUUGCGUAUACCACGAGCGAUAACACCCCCAGAAGACAUUAGUUCAUCAGAUGAUGAUGAUAGAGCGGCGAUCAGGCGCCGCAGCCGUGACCUGAGCGACGAUUCGGCUGUCGAGCUGGAGCCGCGAAGGCGGCAUUCCCACCCUCGGGAUAUAACACCACCACCAGAUCCCAUGUCGCCGAGAAGAGAGAGAACAUUAAUCGAGGCUAAUGUGGUGGAAAUUGGGAGACGCGGCAGUGAGGGAUGUGAGACCAGAGCGCGGUGUGUGAGGACUCCCAGUGUGGUGGUUAGUGACUACUCUGAUGGUAUCGCUGUUGGUGCUACUGAGGAAGAAGUGGACUGGCUGCGUGCGAGAUCCCUAUCAGCUGACUCUGCGUGCUCAUCUUGUUCUACGCUUUCCAGCCGGGAUGAUGAGGAAUUUGAGUCUCCACCUAUGCCAAAAAAGAUCUUAAAUGUCGAAUGAAGGCGGGUGCCCUGAGCGACCUGGAGCUGGCACCAUCUUCGGGACUCACCACUUUCUUAACUUUAUACCAUUCAAGGGACCAUAGAGAAUCGAUAGAUGUGUAUAACGUAUAUAAAACUUUAUGUGAUUCGGUAGUCUGUUUUCUAACAUCAUAGACAGCAGACGAAUGUCAUGAACAUUUUGAUUAAUCUAUUCUCUAGUGUCAAUAGACGUUUAUAACAGCAAUAUUUAUUCUCAGUUAUCCUAAUCUAAUAUUGACACUUUUCUGUCUAGUGCUAUUUGACAUUCUUAUUUAUUUGAUAACAAUUCAUGUAAAGCUAAACGUACAUAAGAUAGCUACCAUAUUAGUUUAC